CCAAAUCCACACGCACAAUCUCCUCUCUUCCCUUCCACCAUACACUUUCAAAAUCCCACUCUUCUUCUUCUUCAUAAAAACCCAUAUAUCCAUGAAUUAGUUACCUUAAGUUUUUCCUUUUCAAUAAACAAACAGCUCUGCUAAAAACACCUUUCUUCCACCAUUUCCAUGGCGGCUCAAACCAUGCUCCUCACUUCUGGUGUGUGCGUCGGCCAUGGUGUGUGUCUCAAAAGAGAAUUGAGCCUUAGACCUAACUACACCCAAUUCACUCGUCUUUUUUUCAACCCUCUGCCGUCCCACUCUGUUUCUUUGCCGCCGCGUGGCUUCACCACUCUUGCUGUGUUUAAGUCUAGAACUAAAGCCCCGCCCAAGAAGGUUGAGAAGCCGAAGCAGAAGGUUGAAGAUGGAAUUUUUGGGACUUCUGGUGGCAUUGGUUUUACUAAGCAGAAUGAACUCUUCGUCGGCCGUGUUGCCAUGAUCGGCUUUGCUGCAUCAAUUCUAGGAGAAGCGAUCACCGGAAAGGGAAUUCUAGCACAACUCAACUUAGAAACUGGAAUUCCCAUUUACGAGGCCGAGCCUCUUCUUCUCUUCUUCAUCUUAUUCACUCUUCUCGGAGCCAUCGGAGCCCUAGGAGACCGUGGAAAAUUCAUCGACGAUCCUGAACCCGCCACUGGAUUGGAACGCGCCGUCAUUCCUCCCGGGAAGAGCUUCAGAUCCGCCUUAGGUCUCAAAGAAGGAGGUCCGUUGUUCGGAUUCACCAAGGCCAAUGAGCUGUUCGUCGGAAGAUUGGCGCAGCUAGGGUUUGCGUUCUCGUUGAUCGGAGAAAUUAUUACUGGAAAGGGAGCUUUGGCGCAAUUGAACAUCGAGACGGGAGUGCCGAUCAAUGAGAUUGAGCCUCUGGUUUUAUUGAAUGUUGUGUUCUUCUUCAUUGCGGCAGUGAAUCCUGGAACUGGUAAAUUCGUGACGGAUGAAGAAGAUGAUGAAUGAAGAGAUGGAUUGUGCUUUAAUUUUUUGUCUGUACAUGAUGAACUUAGCAAAUCCGUAUGUUCUUCUUCUUCUUCUUCUUCUUCUUCAGGGUUGUUGUGCUAUUAGAACAUUUUUAUUCUGCUUGAGCACUGGAAUCAACGAAAUGGAAGUAACAAACUUUGGGUAGUUAAGUUUAGGCAAA